UUUGGCUUCUUGCUGCUUGCUGUGGGAAGGGUCACUCCGCUGCUGGGGGCAGUGGCGUGCAGCGUCCCGCGAACCAUAUCGAGGACCUGGCACAUCCUGGAAGCCCGGAAAUGUGUUCCCCAGAAUCUCCGAAUGAUCAGAUAUUACUUUCUAUGGCCAUGUGCUACACAAUGACAUUUCAGUCAGCGAUGGAGCCCGUGUAGGUUGAGGCUGCCUUCUCAUGCUUACCACAUCUCUUGAUUAUUCUCUUGCACCUGAUUUAAUCCCAGGUGCUUUUGUUCACCAUGGCCCCUACUUGUGCAAAAUCCACUGCCAAGGUUGCUGGUAAGAGGUCACGUCGAGUGAUUGACCUGGAAACGAAGUUAAAGUUGAUCAAAGACUAUGAGGGUGGAAAGUCAGUAAUGGUGAUUGCUCGCCAGUCAGGCAUGUCCCAUUCCACCAUCGCUACGAUCUUGAAGAACAAGAACAAAGUGACAGAAGCACUGAAAGGCUCCGCGUCAUUGAAGGCCACAAGACUCACCAAAAUUCGAGAAGGGCCUAUAUCAGAUAUGGAGAAACUCCUGAUAACCUGGAUUGAAGAGCAGACUCGGGAGCGGGUCCCGCUCACCACCAUGAUGAUCACGGCCAAAGCAAAGAGCUUGUUUGCAAUGUUGAAGGAAAAGGCUGGACCCAACUACAAUGUUGAAUUCGCCGCCAGCUCAGGGUGGUUCAAGAGAUUCAAGAAUCGCUACUCGUUACAUAAUGUGAAAGUGAGCGCCACUGUCACCAAGGAGUGUAUAAGUGGUAUCUGGAAGAAGACUCUCAGGAGGUUCGUUCAUGGCUUCAAAGGAUUCACUGAGGAGGAAGAGCUUGCAAAAAUGAACCAGGCUGUGGUUGAGAUGGCUGACAACUUUACGCUGGGCAUGGAUGAGGAUGAUGUUGAGCUCUUGGAGGUGGUCCCCGAGGAACUGGGUAAGGGGUUGUCAUUGGAACAGAAGUGCAUGGCUGAAGAGGCAAGGGGAAAGGAAACCGUAGGAGGAGAGAAGGCAGAACUCCCAAGGAAAUUUACAGUGACAGGGUUGGCAGAAGCUUUUGCAGACCUGAACAAGCUCCUUAAAAAGUUUGAAAGGAUGGACCCCAAUCCAGAAAGGUUUUCAUUAAUAGAGAGGAACGUUCGUGGUGCAUUAUCUACUUACAGGCAAAUCUAUGACACAAAAAGGAAGCAAGUCACCAGGGGCAGAUUUGUGAACAGAGUGACAUCUCCUUACGAAGAGCCCCAGGCGGGUCCCUCAGGAGGCACUCCAAAAGGAGACAUUGUUGUCAUAGGAGAUGAUGGGACAAUGAGCAUCAUCUCCCCUGAAGAUCUGCCUGUGGGACCAGAUGGAGUGGUAGAAGACAGCGAUCCUGACACUGUGUAGGCCUGACCUCAUGUCUGUGCUGUUGUCAUAGACUUUAACGAAAAAAGCUUUAAGAAGUUAAAAAAAAAAAGAUAGAAAAUAUUUUUAUGUAACUGUGAAUUGUGCUUAUGAAAUUAUGAAAGUCAAAAUGUCAAAAAAAUUAAAAGUUGAGAAAAUGAAAAAGGUACAGUAAGCCAUGACUAAUUUAUUACUGAAGAAUGAAAACCAUUUUUUAAUAAACUUGUAUAAGGGGCUGGGGAUGUAGCUUAGUGGUAGUAGUGUUUGCCUGAAACACCCACAAGGCCCUGGCUUCUAUCCU